ACGGGUGACCACGUGACCAUGUCCCGCCUGGGCCGCCUCUGCCCCUCCCGCUCCCUGCUGCUCCUCUGUGGCCUCCAGGAGCGCUUCCGGCCCCACGUGCGCGGCUUCGGCCUGGUCCUGAGCGCGGCCGCAAGGUGCCCACGUGUCAGUGAGUCCCAAGGGUGUCAGUGGGUUCCAUGGAUGUCAAUGGGUGUCAAUGGGUUUCAGUGGGGCUCAAUGGGUGUCAAUGGGUGUCAAUGGGUGUCAAUGGAUGUCAAUGGGUGUCAAUGGGUGUCAAUGGAUGUCAAUGGGUGUCAGUGGGUGUCAAUGGGUGUCAAUGGGUGUCAAUGGAUGUCAAUGGGUGUCAGUGGGUGUCAGUGGGUGUCAGUGGGUGUCAAUGGGUGUCAAUGGGUGUCAAUGGGUGUCAAUGGGUGUCAAUGGGUGUCAGUGGGUGUCAAUGGGUGUCAAUGGGUCAAUGGGUGUCAAUGGGUGUCAGUGGGUGUCAAUGGAUGUCAAUGGAUGUCAAUGGGUGUCAAUGGAUGUCAAUGGGUGUCAAUGGAUGUCAAUGGAUGUCAAUGGGUGUCAAUGGGUGUCAAUGGGUGUCAAUGGGUGUCAAUGGGUGUCAAUGGGUGUCAAUGGGUGUCAAUGGGUGUCAAUGGGUGUCAAUGGGUGUCAAUGGGUGUCAAUGGGUGUCAAUGGGUGUCAGUGGGUGUCAAUGGGUGUCAAUGGGUGUCAAUGGGUGUCAAUGGGUGUCAAUGGGUGUCAGUGGGUGUCAGUGGGUGUCAAUGGAUGUCAAUGGGUGUCAAUGGAUGUCAAUGGAUGUCAGUGGGUGUCAGUGGGUGUCAAUGGGUGUCAAUGGGUGUCAGUGGGUGUCAGUGGGUGUCAAUGGGUGUCAAUGGGUGUCAAUGGGUGUCAAUGGGUGUCAAUGGGUGUCAGUGGGUGUCAAUGGGUGUCAAUGGGUGUCAAUGGGUGUCAAUGGGUGUCAAUGGGCUCCCUGGGGCCCACGGCUCUCUCGCUAUGGGGCAGCCCCAUGGAGCGGCCGUGGGGCUGCAGCGGCUCCAGGCCAGCGGCGCCUUCCUGGGCACGAGCGGGAGCCUCCUGCUGGGGCUGCUGCGGGACAGCGCCCACCCCCGCUUCCGGCAGGCACCGCCCCGCCCACUAUGCAAAUGA